AUGGCGUCCAACGCGUUCACGCUUGUGCUAAUAGCAACGCUACUUAUGUCAGUUGGGGUUAGCGCCAAACGUGGCUGCUCCGCUUUCGGCCAUUCCUGCUACGGCGGCCACGGGAAGAGGUCCAGCGAUAAUUCAAUAAUGGAUAGUAACCCUGAUAUGAUCGAGCGUCAGAUCGGCCAGGAGGAGACCCCGCCGCACCCAGUGUACCCGCACUCUGGGUACAAUGGAUUCCUGCCGUCUGGAGAGGACAUCAUUCCUGUCCGGGAUGGAGGUGCUUACGAGCGAGAUGUCAACAGUGUAUCCCGCGACGUCAUGAAGUACAAACUGAGGAAUAUUGUGAAACAUUGGAUGGAAAACUACAGGCGAUCGCAGCAGAACCGCGACGAUGGCUACUUCAUCGAGAAUCUG